AUGGGUGGUGGAGAUGAGUCGAUGUUAGGAGGUGGUAAGACGACGUCGCCGCCACAAGCAUCGUCCAGAUCCGAACCAGCGACUCCAAAUAAGAAUAUGUUUCACUAUAAAUCGCCGUCUAGGGGCAGUCGGGCAGGUGGAGGGGUUCAGACCACAGGAGGGGUUCAUAGACCCGUGGAUAGACUGUUUGGUGGUCUGGCAUCAGAUCAUACUUCGCCAUCGUCAUCUCCUUCUCGAAGAAACCUUACAGCCAAUAGCUCGCAUGAGAUCUAUUCGGUUUCGCCAGUGCGAAUGGAUUCGCAGAGACUGCUGUUAUCGCCGAGAAAACAACCUCGUCCAGUGUCCAAAGUGCCGUAUAAAGUACUGGAUGCGCCGGAUUUGGCAGACGAUUUCUACCUGAAUUUGGUCGACUGGGGGUCUACAAAUGUGCUUGGAGUCGGUCUAGGAAGCUCUGUUUAUCUGUGGAAUGCACAAAGUGGACAGGUCGAUAGUCUGUGUACACUGAACGACGAGCGAAUCACCUCGUUAUCAUGGAUAACCCAUGGACCGCACCUGGCAGUGGGCACGAGUUCGGGCGCAGUACAGAUCUGGGAUACUCAGAAUUGUAAACGGAUUCGUAAAAUGACGGGCCAUCUAGCGAGAGCUAGUGCAUUGUCGUGGAAUGAACAUAUUCUGACAUCAGGAAGCCAAGAUAGAACGAUUCUGCACCGCGAUGUGAGGGUAGCAGACCAUUAUGUGACAAGACUCAGUGGACAUCGACAAGAAGUGUGUGGAUUAAGGUGGAAUGUCGAGGAAAACCUACUUGCUAGUGGAGGAAACGAUAAUAAGCUGAUGGUAUGGGACGGAUUGAACACUGAACCACUACAUAAAUUCCAAGCACAUGAAGCAGCAAUUAAAGCGAUUUCCUGGAGUCCGCACCAACGAGGAUUACUAGCCAGUGGAGGAGGUACUGCCGAUAGAAAAAUCCGGUUCUGGAAUACCCAGACUGGAUCAUUACUGAACGAGAUAGAUACAGGCAGUCAAGUGUGUAACCUGGCAUGGAGUAAGAACUCGAACGAGAUUGUGUCAACACACGGAUUCUCGCAAAACCAAAUCAUGAUCUGGAAAUACCCGUCGAUGCAACAGGUCGCUGCACUGACGGGCCAUACCUACCGAGUUCUGUACCUGGCACUGAGUCCCGACGGCAAAACUAUCGUGACCGGUGCUGGCGACGAGACACUGCGGUUCUGGAACAUCUUCGACGACAACAGGGCCAACACACGCCUGAACUCGUCGCUGCUAGAUGUGUUCCAGCAACUGCGAUAA